AUGGCGAAGCACAGACUAGACGGCGGGUUAGGGUUUAAAUCGAUCCAUGAGUUUAACUUAGCCAUACUUGGUAAGCAGGGUUGGAACAUUAUUACCAGGCCUCAUUCUUUAGUGGCCUGCGUUCUUAAGGCUCGUUAUUUUUCGACAAUGUCAGUUUCUAUUUGGUCUCACUCUUGGUUGAAAGAGGCGCCCGACUCAUUGGUUUCUACACCCCCUCCUCCGAACUGUACUCUUUAUGUUGUUGCAGAUCUUAUGAUCGGCCAUAGAUGGAAUAAGAGUUUAAUAGCUCAGUUGUUCAAUGACAGAGAUAGGAGUUGUAUUUUGAACAUCCCUCUAAGUCUUUCUUCGCACCUAGAUGUGUGGUGCUGGAAGUUUGCGUCCAAAGGUCACUAUUCUGUCAAGAGUGCUUACAGAUUUCUGUCCAGGAGAGUUCCGGUUGAUUCGAUGUGUCCGUUGUGUCAUGAGGCUCCUAAGACUGUCUUGCAUAUUCUUGUUCAAUGUCCUUUUGCCCGCAGUUGCUGGUUGAGUUCGCCUUUGGGUUGGCCUGCAUUCUCCGCUGCCUCUCUUAGGGAGUGGUUCUCUUUAGCCUUCCUUACUGCUUCUGCGGAGAAUGCUUCCCUUAUUCUAAUGAUAUGUUGGGCUUUGUGGCAUAACAGAAAUAAUGUUGUUUGGAAAGUUCAGGAUCGAACUACGAGUGGUGUGUUCUUCAUGGCACUGAAUUUUUUGCAGCAAUGGAGAGGGCCUGUUCUGAUUCUACCAGCUGCACCAAUAUUUUCACUAGGCUUCGGCUGUGUAGUCCGAGAUGCUAAUGGUAGAUUUAUGGCGGCUAAAGCAGGCUUUUUUUGCAGUCAGAUGGAGGUUAAGUGUGCUGAGGCAAUGGCUUUUCGAGAGGCGUUGAGUUGGAUUAAAGAGUGCAGAUGGGAUCAAGUUCUUUUUGAAUCGGAUGCUCAGGUUCUUGUUGUGUCCAUUAACAGUGUUUCGUUAGAUGAUUUAUAA